AUGAAGAAUAGUACAGAAGUGACAGAGUUCAUCCUCCUCGGACUAACCAAUGACCCAGACCUGCAGGUCCCCCUCUUUGUAAUAUUUACCCUCAUUUACCUCAUCACUCUGGUUGGGAACCUGGGGAUGAUCGUGUUGAUCCUGCUGGACUCUCGUCUCCACACUCCCAUGUACUUUUUCCUCAGUAACCUGUCUCUGGUGGACUUUGGUUACUCCUCAGCUGUCACUCCCAAGGUCAUGGCUGGCUUCCUUAUGGGAGACAAGGUCAUCUCCUACAAUGCAUGUGCUGCUCAGAUGUUCUUUUUUGCAGCUUUUGCCACUGUGGAAAGUUUCCUCUUGGCCUCAAUGGCCUAUGAUCGCUAUGCAGCAGUGUGCAAACCCCUGCACUACACCACCACCAUGACGACAAGUAUGUGUGUACGACUAGCCAUAGGCUGCUAUGUCUGUGGUUUCCUGAAUGCCUCCAUCCACACCGGGGACACUUUCACUCUCUCUUUCUGUGAGUCCAAUCUGGUGCAUCACUUUUUCUGUGAUAUUCCAGCAGUCAUGGUUCUGUCUUGCUCUGGUAGACAUGUUAGUGAGCUGGUUCUUGUUUAUGUAGUGGGCUUCAAUAUCUUUUUUGCUCUUCUGGUUAUUUUGAUAUCCUACACAUUUAUAUUUCUCACCAUCCUAAAGAUGCACUCAUCUGCAGGAUAUCAGAAGGCUCUAUCCACUUGUGCCUCCCACCUCACUGCAGUCUCCAUCUUCUAUGGAACUGCUAUCUUCAUGUACCUACAACCCAGCUCCAGCCAUUCCAUGGACACAGACAAAAUAACCUCUGUGUUUUAUGCUAUGAUCAUCCCCAUGUUGAACCCUAUGGUCUACAGCCUGAGGAACAAGGAGGUCAAGAGGGCUCUCAUGAAGGUUGCUUUGGAGGCAAAAUUAUCCCUGGGAUUAUGA